UCAACAUGCGGGAUGAAGUGUUGAUAGAAUCCAACGUGCGUGAUGAGAAAUAAGUGAUUUAAGUCCUUCACAGUCGCUAAAGUCUCCAAGUGUCGGUGGUUCCCGUUAGAAAAUGGCAGGCGUCAACCUUCAAUUCAAAACGAAUUACGCUGCUUCCAGCAAGAUAGAGCCGUUUUACAAAGGUGGAAAAGUUCAGAUCAGCAAAGAUGAGAAAUACAUCUUUUGCACAUGUGGCUCUCGCGUCAACGUUUUGGAGAUCAGCACAGGGAAGAUCGUUCACUGUGUGGAGCAUGAUGAUCAGGAGGACAUCACAUCAUUUGCUCUCAGCUCAGAUGAUGAGCUGCUGGUUACAGCCAGCAGGGCUCUGCUGCUGAAGCAGUGGGACUGGAAACAAGCCACCUGUACUCGCACCUGGAGAGCCAUUCACAAUGUUCCUGUUGCCAGCAUGGCCUUCGACUCCACCUCUACGCUUCUGGCCACAGGUGGCUGUGACGGCACCAUUAAGCUUUGGGAUGUGGUGAAGCAGUAUUGCACCCACAACCUUAAAGGGUCAUCUGGUGUUGUGCACUUGGUCCAGUUCCACCCAGAUAUCGAUCGGCUGCAGCUCUUCUCCUCCUCUCUGGACUGUGGCAUUCGGAUGUGGGACCUUCGCUCUUCCCAGUGUGUCUGCGUCCUGCAGAGCCAUUACAGCGCUGUCACCUCCCUCAGCUUCAGUCAUGAUGGAGACACCAUGGUCAGUUCUGGCAGAGACAAGAUCUGUACUGUUUGGAACCUGAAUAGUCGAAAAGCCAUAAAAACCGUUCCAGUCUUUGAGGCUGUUGAAGGUGUCGUCAUCCUGCCUCAAAAUGAAGACUUAUCUCAGAUUGGAGUGAAGAGCAAGGAGUUGCAUUUCGUCACAGCUGGAAGCAAAGGAGUGUUGAGAGUGUGGGAGGCCAGCACGGCACGCUGCGUCUACACCCAAACGCUCCCCACCACCUUCUCCUCCAGCCCUGCAGAGGGCGACGAGGGCAAAGACGACGAUAACCCCCGCGGCCUCACACACCUGUUCCACCUGCCCACCUCCUCCAGACUGACCACAGUCACUGCAGAACACAACAUACUGCUGUACCAGCUGCCUGCUCUCAGCACACAGCACCAGUUUGUCGGCUACAGCGAUGAGGUGCUGGACGUGAAGUUCCUGGGGAAAGGGGACAGCCACAUUGUGGUGGCCACCAACAGCUGCCAGCUGAAGGUGUUCGAGCUGCUCACCAACAACUGCCAGAUCCUCUACGGGCACACAGACACUGUCCUCACUCUGGACGUGUUCAAAAAAGGCUUCCUGUUUGCAAGCUGUGCAAAGGACCGGUCGGUGCGCGUGUGGCAGAUGGACGGCGAUAGCGGCCAGGUGCGAUGUGUCGCUCAGGGCUGCAGUCACACCAACGCUGUGGGCUCCAUCUCCUGCUCCAGGUUGAAGGCGUCUUUCGUCGUCACCGGCAGUCAGGACUGCACGGUGAAGGUGUGGGAUCUACCUGCUCAGUUUUCUGCGGAGGAGGAAGAAAUCCAUCACCUGAGCGCCCGCACCACAGAGAAGGCACACGAUAAGGACGUGAACAGCGUCGCGGUGUCGCCCAAUGACAAGCUGCUGGCCUCGGGGUCCCAGGACCGCAUGGCCAAGCUGUGGUCCCUGACGGCCGACGGGAACGUGGGCCUGCUGGGGGUGUUCCGGGGCCACCGGCGCGGCGUGUGGGCCGUCUGCUUCUCGCCCGUGGAUCAGGUCCUCGCCACCUCCUCCGCCGACGGCACCACCAAACUGUGGAGCCUGCAAGACUUCAGCUGCCUCAAGACGUUCGAGGGCCACGAUGCGUCUGUCCUGAAGGUCAUCUUUGUGAGCCGAGGCACUCAGCUGCUCACCAGCGGCUCCGACGGUUUGGUGAAGCUGUGGACCAUAAAGACCAACGAGUGUGUGAAGACGCUGGACGCCCACCAGGACAAAGUGUGGGGUCUCCACGCCACUCGCAAAGACGACCGGAUGGUGACGGGCUCCGCGGACUCCAACAUCACCGUCUGGGAGGAUGUGACCGAGGUGGAACUGGCAGAGGAGCAGGCCAAGCAGGAGGAUCAAAUUCUCAAGCAGCAGGAGCUGUCCAACCUGCUCCAUGAAAAGAAAUACCUGAAGGCCCUGGGUCUGGCUAUCUCUCUGGAUCAUCCUCACACCGUGCUCACUGUGAUCAAAGCGAUCCGUCAGGGAGAAAACAGCCAGACGUUGCUGGAGAAGACGUUGCUGAAGCUUCGAAUCGAUCAGAAAGAGUCGCUGCUGCGGUACUGCGUGGCGUGGAACACCAACGCCAGGAACUGCCACGACGCUCAGGCCGUCCUCCAGGUGCUCCUCACACACCUGCCCCCCGAGGAGCUGCUGCAGUACCAGGGAGCACGGACGCACCUGGAGGGCCUCAUCCCAUACACAGAGCGACACAUGCAGAGGAUCAGCCACCUGCUGCAGGCGUCCAUGUUCCUGAACUACAUGUGGCAGAAAAUGAGAGUGACUGGAGACCCGUCCAGCAUGGACAAAGAUGAGGAAAUGGAUACGACUCCGCUUGGAAAGCCUUUCUAUGUCAUCGACAAGGAGAAAGGAAAAGUUGGCGAUGAGAUCCGAGAUGACGCCGACGACAAUGACAGUGGACAAGACGAGGAUCCAGACUGCCCCGCGGAGAUGGACGAAGACGAGGCGGAGGAAGUCAGCGCCACCACGAAAGCCUGCGUAAUCGUCACGCCCGCAGAAAGCAGAAAGAGCCCCGAGGCCAGUGGAAACCACAGCUCCGAGAGCGAGGAGGAGAGUUCAGACGAGGAAGACGUGGAAAUCAUCGAAGUGGAUGAGACGGCAGCGAAAGGCGAGACGUGUCUCCCGGUCUCUUCGGCCUCGCCGUCCCAGACACCUUCCAGCUGACCGCUCUCAUCAAGCUGAACCCCGGCGACCCGGCUGUGGAGGAUUGCGCUCUCACAGCAGUAGAUCGGGCGACUCUGAUUGUGUGGCAGGACACAGCUGUGAAGCGAUGAUCAUCCUGUGAGCGGGGGGACUAAGGACAUUCACUCUCCUGCCAACACCGAUACCGUGGACCCUUACUGAUUUUUAAACAGGAUAUCCACCACCAGGAUCCCUCCUGAUGCAAAGGAGGAAGAGAACAGAAAGGACUGAUGGGAGGAAGAACUUGCUUUGUGGACUUUCUGGGCAGCGAGCCAGGAUCACCUUCCGAGUGCAUAGCGUUGGCCAAUUAGACCUGAUUUACCGGCUCAACCACAAGAACCCGGUUUCCCGAUGUCACCUUUAUGCAACUCACACAAAGGUCCCUUUAAAAGAAAUGGAUGGUUUUCAUGUCACAAGCACGUUUUUGAAAUAAAGAAAAUUAUAAUUUAAGAUGAGUCACACUUUUCUUUAAGUGAUACUCAAAACUAAACCAUGUCCUUACAGAAUGAGCAUUUUAAGCUUCUGUUUACUGAAAGUUGAAAAAUAAAGACUGACUAGAGCGUUGACCUAAUUUGUUCAAGAGUCAGGUGUUGGUCAGAUUUGCUCAGGAAGACCAUUGUGUCAUGAAUUCAAGUUCAAUCAUAUAUAAUGAUAAAGUGAAAUGGAUUCAAGUAUAUAAUGAUGGGCAAAUUAUUUUUAGACCUGUAAUUACUGAAGUGUAAGGUUUUUUUACCUGCUUUUUUGUCUUUUGUAAUCAAAAACUAAAUAAAUUUGGGCUUUU